GCCAGUCACACAUACUCUCCCUGCAACCCCAGACAGCCAGGAGCAGCUAGAUGCUCAUGAGCAAAUAUUGAUGGUGCUGUACUUUACAAUGUGGAGAUCAGAGAGAGAGGGUGAAGGCUGGGACUAGACUGGACUUACACUGGGGAAAUCAACAGGAAGGAAUACGGUAAGAGCGAAUGAUAGAGAGGGACAGGUUGAUUCUUUGUGUGGGCUGACAAACUGGCCUGGAGGCCCUUGUUGACAUCUUCAUGUGGGCUGUUGUUUAAUCUCUGGGGAAAUUAGCCCUGGCUAAUUAAUUAAAGCUAUGUCAGGUGUGAUUUAUAAAACCAGUGGUUCACAUGGUGAUUUACCUCCUCUCUGCUCACUGCAUGAUGGUGUCAGUUAAUGUGGCCAUGGGUGCUGUUAGUCAGUAACAUAUUCAGGGAGACCAUGGAAAAGUUUGGGGAAAUCACUGUGUUCAUUUUACUGUGAUAACAGGGGAAUAGACUAGCAACUCUCAAGGAUCUCUUUAAUUAUGAAUGUACUGCACAGGAACAGACCUCACUUAAUACAGAAUAUAACCUAAAGGGAAUACUCAUCAAAAUAAUUGUUUUGGAAUUGUUGUGUUGGGUACAUUGUGGUUAUGGUUACAGCAAUAAUGGAAACAUCACAUAACACAAGACAAGUCUGAGUCCAUGUCAAUACUUAAAUCACAUCUGAAUAUUUAUUUUUAGGUCUGGAAGAUAAACAUCAAUAUCAGGAGUUUUUUGUGUAAUUCCCCUUUAAUUGUGAAUCUAGCAGGUGAGGAAUGUGUUGUCUGAUGUGCCAGUCUAGUGAUGGUUCUGUAAUGCUGUUGCUCAUUUCAUGGCAAAGUUAGCAAAUACCAAGUAAUAGAUCAAAAUGAUAUACUUCCUGAUGAUAUACUUCUUCCAGGUAUGCCUACCUUACAGUAAACAUUAAACUGAGAAAGUUUUGGGGAAAUUACUGUCUGUCAACCCACAAGAUGGUUAUCACAUCAGCUGGCCACACACAGAAAUAAGUGAAAGAAAUACAUGCGCACCACACAGACAUACAGGGGAAAUAUUGCUGGAAAUGAAUUGGCAGCUAUUGUGUUAGGCUUGGCAUUUUAAGCCAAUAGUAGCUAACCGGGGGUAGGAUAAUGUCAGCGUUGCAUUAAUUAGAUAGUAGCUGGGAACUUGCAGUGUCUAAUACUUGUGAGAUUUGUUAAUGACAAUUUGCAGUGGAACAUGUGAAAAUUGCAUGUACUUUCAGAAUUGUUUGGGGAGCUAAUCAUAGGUGGGCUGAGAGCUACUGGUAGCUUGCGAUCAACCUGUUGGAGACCCUAGUUUAACAGGAUUUUGCACUCCACACACAAUUAUAUGUGAAGUCCCUCAGUCGAGCAGUGAAUUUCGAACACAGAUUCAACCACAAAGACCAGGGAGGUUUUCAAAUGCCUUGCAAAGAAGGUUACCUAUUGGUAGAUGGUUAAUAAUAAAAAAAGGCAGACAUUGAAUAUCCCUUUGAGUAUGGUGAGGUUAUUAAUUACACUUUGGAUGGUGCAUCAAUACACCCAGUCACUACAAAGAUACAGGCGUCCUUCCUAACUCAGUUGCCGGAGUAGAAGGAAAACGCUCAGGGAUUUCACCAAAGGGCAAAGGUGACUUUAAAACAGUUACAGAGCUUAAUAGCUGUAAUAGGAGAAGGCUGGAGGCUGGAUCAACAACAUUGUAGUUACUCCACAAUACUAACCUAAAUGACAACGUGAAAAGAAGGACUGUACAAAAUAAAAAUAUUCCAAAACAAAAGCAUCCUGUUCGCAAUAAGUCAAUAAAGUAAAACAGUAGAAAUGUGGCAAAGACAUUAACUUUAUGUCUUGAAUAUAAUUUUUAUUUUAUUAAUUAUUUAACCAGGCAAGUCAGUUCAGAACAAAUUCUUAUUUACAAUGACGGACGAUGCUGGGCCAAAUCCAGACGAUGCUGGGCGCCGCCCUAUGGGACUCCCAAUCACGACCGGUUGUGAUACAGCCUGGAUUCGAAUCAGGGUGUCUGUAGUGACGCCAAAAGCACUGAGAGGCAGUGCCUUAGAUCUCUGCGCCACUCGGGAGCCAAAAAAUGUUAUGUUUCGGGAAAAUCCACUCUUCAUAUUUUCAAGCAUGGUGGUGGCUGUGUCAUAUUAUGGGUAUGCUUGUCAUCGGCAAGGCUAGGGAGUUUUUUUAGGAUAAAAAUAAAUGGAAUAGAGCUAAGCACAGGCAAAAUCCUAAAGGAAAACCUGGUUCAGUCUGCUUUCCAACAGACACUGGGAGACAAAUUCACCUUUCAGCAGGACAAUAACCUAAAACACAAGGCAAUAUAUACACUGGAGUUGCUUACCAAGACGAUAGUUGAAUGUUCCUGAGUGGCCUACAGUAGUUGCAGCUUACAAAUAUAUGACAAGACUUGAAAAUGGCUGGGUGAGGAAAACAUUUUUGUAACCAAUUUUGAAUUCAGGCUGUAACACAACGUAGUCAAGGGGUAUAAAUACUGUAGCAGGUUGAAAUUCGCUGCUCAACUGAGGGACCUUUGAGAUAAUUGUAUGUGUGGGGUACAUACUGUAGAUGAGGUAGUCAUUAAAAAUCAGGCUAAACACUAUUAUUGCACGUAGAGUGAGUCAAUUCAAGUCACUAUGUGACUUGUUAAGCAAAUGUUUACUCUUUAACUUAACAAAGGGGUUUGAAUACUUACAUUAUUUAUUCAUCUGUAAAAAUUCUGUAAAAACAUCAUUUCUGUCUGACAUUAUGGGGUAUUUUGUGUAGGCGAGUGACAUAAAAUCUCAAUUUCAUCCAAAUUCAGGCAGUAACACAAUAAAAUGUGGAGAUCAAGUUUAUAAGUAGCCGGCUGGGCUGAUGAGACAGUGGAUUGCGCAGUCAGAUGGAACAGAGUAAAUAGACAUUUUAACAUCAUAGAUUUAGCCGGUGGAAACUUGUGCAAUAGACACCGGAUGGAAUGCGGUUUUAACCAAUCAGAAUUCAGGAUUAGACCCACCAGUUGCAUAAAAUGUAUUUUAUCUGUACCUUGGCAGAUUUAAACAGAUUUCAUCUGUAACUUGGCCACUCAGGUACAUUCACUGUCUUAUUGAUAAGCAACACCAGUGUAGAUUUGUGUUGUAGGUUAUUGUCCUGCUGAAAGGUGAAUUCCUCUCCCAGUCUCUCGUCUAAAGCAGACUGAAGCAGAUUUUCCUCUAGGAUUUUGCCUGUGUUUUGCUCCAUCCAUUUCUUUUUAUAAAAGAAAAACUCUGCCUGUAUUUGCUCAUGUCAAGCAUACACAUACCAGGAUGCUUGAAAAUAAGGAGUCAGUUACUCAAUGAAGUGUUGUGUUAGAUUUGUCCCAAACACAAGGCUAUGCAUUUAAUCCAAAAAGUGUAUACAUUUGUUGUGUUUUUUUGCAGUAUUACUUUAGUGCCUUGUUGCAUACAAGAUGCAUGUUUGGAAUAUUUUUAUUCUGUACAUAUCCAGCAGGGCUUGGACUGUAACUGGUUAAUCCCACUUUGUAAAACAAUAGAAUGUGAAGAUAUCCAAGGGGUCCGAAAACCUUUGCAAGGGCUAAAGUGUUGUCUGUGAGGUAUUUAACAGGUAAGCUACUGUAUCACAAAGCUGCUUAACAAAAUGUUAAACUCACACUAACGUUAUGUCUAGGUGUAUCUUCGUUUCUUACAGGAUUGGACUGGAAAUAAUUUACUUCCAUCAUCUUUAUUCUGAGCUGAGGUCCAUUCAGAUUUGUGAAUGAAUGAGUGGGUGGGCCCCGAAGUAAAUGUGGUGGGACCACUACAGAUCCCACACAACGAUGGAUUCCCAUUGUCCGAGAACUCACACUUCUUUGAUAUUCUGGCAGAUCAAGGGAGCCCUCUGCUCCAGGACCAAGAGGUCUUAUCCUUCACCAACUAUCCCAGCAUGCAAUACCCCUCGGUGGAGCCCACCAUGUCCUCCCCUCCAUACUACUCCAAUCAGAAUUACUAUCCCCAAUACAGCGUUGAUGAGUGGUACUCACCCACAGAGAUGUAUGAACUGAGGAAAGAACCCCUGGAGGGUAGCUACGAUGUUGAAAUGGAAGAGGCAUCCGCCAUAGUGCCUGCGGUGUGCAAGAGGACCAGGCACACUUCCCACGCAGGCAGGGUCAAAGGGGAGGAGCUGUGUGUGGUGUGUGGGGACAAGGCAUCUGGGUACCACUAUAACGCUCUCACCUGUGAGGGGUGUAAAGGCUUCUUCAGACGGAGCAUCACAAAGAACGCUGUGUACAAGUGCAAGAGUAAAGGGACCUGUGAGAUGGACAUGUACAUGCGCAGGAAGUGCCAGGAGUGUCGUCUCCGGAAGUGCAAGGAGAUGGGCAUGCUGGCAGAAUGUCUGCUGACAGAGAUCCAGUGUAAGUCUAAAAGGCUGAGGAAAAACACCAAGGCCUCACCAAGAGAGUCCACUUGGGACGAGACAGAGGGUGGAGACAACGGAGACAGCAAGCAGGUCACUUCCACCACCAAACUGUCAAAGGAGAAGAUUGAGCUCAGUCAAGAGCAGCAGGCUAUUCUGAGCUUCAUCGUAGGAGCUUACCAGAAACAUCGAAUCCCUCAAGACAUGGCCAAAAAACUGCUACAGGAGCAUUUCAAUGCAGAUGAGAACUUCCUCCUUUUGACAGAGAUGGCCACCAGUCAUGUUCAAGUGCUGGUGGAGUUUACCAAAAACAUUCCAGGUUUCUCUGCCCUGGACCAUGAGGAUCAGAUAGCUCUGUUAAAGGGCUCGGCAGUGGAGGCCAUGUUCCUGCGCUCAGCACAGGUGUUUACCAGGAAGCUACCCCAUGGACACACAGAUGUGCUGGAGGACAGGAUACGUAAGAGUGGAAUAUCAGAGGCGUUCAUUACACCCAUGUUCAACUUCUACAAAAGCAUUGGGGAACUCCAGAUGAUGCUGGAAGAACACGCCCUUCUCACCGCCAUUACCAUCCUGUCACCAGACCGGCCAUACCUGAAAGACCAGCAGGCAGUGGAGAGGCUGCAGGAGCCUAUGCUGGAGUUGCUCAGGAAGUUCUGUGCAAUGCAGCACCCGCUGGAGCCCCAGCACUUUGCCCGUCUCCUGGGACGGCUGACCGAACUGCGAACCCUCAAUCACCACCACGCCGAGAUGCUUACCUCUUGGCGCAUGAGCGACCACAAGUUCACCCCCCUCCUCUGUGAGAUCUGGGACGUACAGUGAAUGAUACAUAGAGGCUGCAUCGAUGGAUGGAUGAAUGGGGGAGAGGAGAGGACAACAAACAUUUCAACCUGACGCCUACCAUUUCAGUAGCUGCAACCAUUUCCAAAGCUGAACAUCGAACCAUUUCAGAAUUUAUGACUGCGAUGCAAUAAGACAUGACACCGCUUUCAGAUGUUGGAAAUUGAUAUUGUGUAGGCUUUGCUCCGUUGUUCUGUGAGCCUUCGUGAUGGGCUACUUGAAUGUGACCCCCCGUUGCAGACCAAAGAAACUUGGAGACAUUAUUUAAAGAAAAGAUCUCCCAAUGGGAUAAUGGACUUAUAUUGUCAAGUCUGCCAGAUUUUGUAAAAAGUAAUCUGAUAACACCCCUAGUAUUGGCAAAUCAUCUUCUGACUAAUACACUUGUAGUCAUGAUAUUGUUUGGACCCAGGCACAGCAGUUUGGACUGGAUCAGUAUGACAUACGAUCUAUCUUGUGGUUUAUAAAUACACUGAACAAAAAUACAAUGCUCAAAAAAAUAAAGGGAACACUUAAACAACACAAUGCAACUCCAAGUCAAUCACACUUCUGUGCAAUCAAACUGUCCACUUAGGAAGCAACACUGAUUGACAAUAAAUGUAACAUGCUGUUGUGCAAAUGCAAUAGACAACAGGUGGAAAUUAUAGGCAAUUAGCAAGACACCCCCAAUAAAGGAGUGGUUCUGCAGGUGGUGACCACAGACCACUUCUCAUUUCCUAUGCUUCCUAGCUGAUGUUUUGGUCACUUUUGAAUGCUGUCGGUGCUUUCACUCUAGUGGUAGCACAAGACGGAGUCUACAACCCACACAGGUGGCUCAGGUAGUGCAGCUCAUCCAGGAUGAGUGGCAAGAAGGUUUGCUGUGUCUGUCAGCGUAGUGUCCAGAGCAUGGAGGCACUACCAGGAGACAGGCCAGUACAUCAGGAGACGUGGAGGAGGCCGUAGGAGGGCAUCAACCCAGCAGCAGGACCACUACCUCCGCCUUUGUGCAAGGAGGAGCACUGUCAGAGCCCUGCAAAAUGACCUCCAGCAGGCCACAAAUGUGUAUGUGUCUGCUCAAACGGUCAGAAACAGACUCCAUGAGGGUGGUAUGAGGGCCCGACGUCCACAAGUAGGGGUUGUGCUUACAGCCCAACACCGUGCAGGACAUUUGGCAUUUGCCAGAGAACACCAAGAUUGGCAAAUUCGCCACUGGCGCCCUGUGCUCUUCACAGAUGAAAGCAGGUUCACACUGAGCACAUGUGACAGACGUGACAGAGUAUGGAGACGCCGUGGAGAACGUUCUGCUGCCUGCAACAUCCUCCAGCAUGACCGAUUUGGCGGUGGGUCAGUCAUGGUGUGGGGUGGCAUUUCUUUAGGGGGCCGCACAGCCCUCCAUGUGCUCGCCAGAGGUAGCCUGACUGCCAUUAUGUACCGAGAUGAGAUCCUCAGACCCCUUGUGAGACCAUAUGCUGGUGCGGUUGGCCCUGGGUUCCUCCUAAUGCAAGACAAUGCUAGACCUCAUGUGGCUGGAGUGUGUCAGCAGUUCCUGCAAGAGGAAGGCAUUGAUGCUAUGUACUGGCCCGCCCGUUCCCCAGACCUGAAUCCAAUUGAGCACAUCUGGGACAUCAUGUCUCGCUCCAUCCACCAACGCCACGUUGCACCAGACUGUCCAGGAGUUGGUGGAUGCUCUAGUCCAGGUCUGGGAGGAGAUCCCCCAGGAGACCAUCCGCCACCUCAUCAGGAGCAUGCCCAGGCGUUGUAGGUAGGUCAUACAGGCACGUGGAGGCCACACACACUACUGAGCCUCAUUUGGACUUGUUUUAAGGACAUUACAUCAAAGAUGGAUCCGCCUGUAGUGUGGUUUUCCACUUUAAUAUUGAGUGUGACUCCAAAUCCAGACCUCCAUUGGUUGAUAAAUUGGAUUUCCAUUGAUCAUUUUUGUGAGAUUUUGUUGUCAGCACAUUCAACUAUGUAAAGAAAAAAAUAUUUAAUAAGAAUAUUUCAUUCAUUCAGAUCUAGGAUGUGUUAUUUUAGUGUUCCCUUUGUUUUUUUAGCAGGGUAUAAACGCAACAUGUAAAGUGUUGGUCCCAUGUUUCAUAAGCUGAAAUAAAAGAUCCCAGAAAUGUU